AUGAGGACGACACAGAAGCGUCAAGUGUGUGUCCUCCUACCGAACAAGCAGCACUUGGACUGCACUGUUAUGGUUAGAUCCAGAGGCCACGAGGUGUUGGACAGUGUGUUGAAGCAGCUCGGUGUCAGUGAGCUCCAAGUCUUGGGUCUGGCUGUCCUCAGAGAUAAUGAAUACCUCUUUCUUGAUUUGGAGCAAAAGCUGAGCAAGUACUUUGGUAAAACUUGGAGCAGAGGAUCCUUAAUGGUGCCAUUCAUCCUGUUUCUGAGAGUGCAGUAUUAUGUAGAGAGUGGGCGGCUGAUAUUCAGCAGCAGAGUGCAGCAGCUCUACUACGCUGAGCUGAGGCAGACGGUGCUGCGCUCACAGAGCCGCCAUCAGGAAGCUUUGUUCUUCCAGCUGGCAGCUUCUGCUCUACAGGCUGAAGUCGGAGAUCUGCAGCCAAGAGCAGAGGGGCAUGAUGAAGAGGAGGGAGAAGAGAGAGGACGGAGGAGAAAACACAGACAUUACUUUCUUCCUGAGGAUUACUUCCCCUCUUGGCUGAUAAAGCGUCGUGGGCGAGACUUCCUGCUCCAGCACUGCCCGGUGUUACACACUGAGCUGAAAGGUGUGACGCGCAGUCAGGCUAUCCUGCAGUUUAUAAGAGAGGCCGUCAGCCUGCAGGACGGACCAGUCACCUUCUACAGGAUGAGACAGGAAAAAAGAGAGGUGAGAAGUUCAAUCCUUCUGGGUGUGACGCUGAGAGGAGUCCAUGUCUAUCAGGAGGUGGAGGGGAAACAGUGCCUGUUGUAUGAUUUUUCCUGGAGCAACAUCGAGCGCCUCACCUUCCAGGGCAGCAGGUUUGAAAUCACUGCAGUGGGCUCUCUGUGCCUCUCUAAGCUGGUGUAUUACACUCCGUCAGCCUUCCACUCCAGACACAUCCUGAGGCACCUCACUGACAGUCACCGGCUCUACAUCAGCACCAGAGAUGCAGUCAGCUACAUCCAACAGCUGGAGGACAUGCAGGUCAGUCACUCCUAUAGAGAGGCCUACAUCUGUGACACAACACGUCUAGCACACAGACUCCGGAGCAACAGCCUCACGUCCUCCAUGUCUGACUGCAGCAUUGCAGUCGAAACAGCAGCAACCUGGUCCAAAGAGGAGGAGGAGGAGGAGGAGGAGGAGGAGGAAGAGGAGGUCACAGCAGAGUUUGAGCUUUGUGUGGACGAACCCGAAGAGUUAUUUGUCGACGACUCAGCCGAGGUGUUGUGGCUGUCUGAGCUGUCUGUCGAUGGACCUUUGAUGUUACCCUCCUCUUACUGGGCAGCUGUCGCCAUGGAAAUGAAACAGGUUCUGAGGAGGAGGGCUGAUGAAGAGGUUUCUGUGGACUGAUGUAGAGCCAGAGGCGAGAGGGAGUCAUCACAGGCUCAGGACAUGAACUAUAAUGUUACAGCUUUCAUACAUCAUAGACAUGAUAGAUCAUGUCCCUAAAUUAUGCUUAUAAUUACUGAACAUCCAGUGCAUCAUGAGGUCAAACAUGCCUUUAACACAGUGUAUGUUACUAAUAAUAAAAUAAUAAUUAUUUCAGCGGAGAAAAUAAUGAGCAAUAAACGAAUAAAAUCUGGUAAGCAGUUUCUUUCUCUUUAGUUUAACCUGCACAUUAUUAGUUUAACUUUAUCCACAUUAAGAUGGACAUUUGUUUAAUUUGAAGUUCUAAUUUUGUGUUUUCUUUCAGAUUCAACCCAUGUGUGUUUGCCCCCCCCC